GCACCGUGAUACAUUUAUAGUAGACAUUUCGGAAUGAUUGGAGUCGUGAAUAAUUUCCAUUGGAUACCUAGAGUUCAUAGUGAUUUUUUAACUCGAAAAUAUCUGGUGAACGGACAAAAGUAUUACUUUGGGAUUGUUAGGCGUUGAAUGUACCUCGCAUUGUGUGCCGGAUAUCGGUUAAAAUGGGAAAAAAAUUUAGCAGAAGAGGCGUACAUUAGACCAGCCUGACGACUGACUAAUAUCGAUUUUCUGUAAAACAGAGAACUAAUAUCAUGAUCGCCAAAUAAAUCUCUGAUUGAAGCACCUCCAGCAAGAAUAAAAGUUGAUCUGCAGAAAGUCUCAGCUACGGGUGUGAGACUCUCGUUAACCUCCGAGGAUAGCUUAUAAUAGUAUGAUGGAGGCAACGGAAAAUGGAGGAAAUUCAUCGUAUGAACCGUUAGAGGGUAGAAGAGCGUUUGAUACGUCCGAAGGCCUGGACAUGGAAGGCGGUGGUCCACCGAAGGACCGCAGAAAACUGGUAUUUUUUGCGUUAAUGACGGCCGGCGUCGGUUUUGUGUUGCCAUAUAACAGCUUUAUCAUUGCAGCCGAUUAUUGGCAGUCACGUUUCCCCGGACAAUCGGUAGCCUUGGAUAUGUCCAUGACAUACAUCAUCGUAGCAUUGUGCACAGUGCUGUUAAACAAUGUGUUUCUGUCACUCGCACCGUUCCGCGUACGUGUAGCUUUUGGAUACGCAGUAUCUUUCACUACGCUAGUUUUCGUAGCUCUCUGUGAAGUGGCAUGGCACAUGUUUACCGCUAAAACGGCAUAUUCUGUGAAUUUAGCUGCAGUAUCUUUGGUAGCUAUGGGAUGCACGAUACAGCAAUCCAGUUUCUAUGGAUUCGCGAGUAUGCUGCCGAAGCAGUAUACCCAAGCAGUUAUGGCGGGCGAAAGUAUUGCAGGAUUUUUGGUUUCAUCGAAUCGUGUAGUAACAAAAUUGUUGAUCAAAAGCGAUCGUGCAUCGACUGCAAUUUUCUUCCUAACGUCUACGGUUUACAUAGCGUUCAGUUAUGUAUUGCACUCUAUUACAACACAUUCGCCGUUUGUGCGAUAUCAUAUGAAGGCCUGUGCCAAAAUUGUGCUGCGACCUGACGAUGAACAUACACUUAGUGAUACUAUAGAAGGUGAUAUGUCGAAUGCGCGAUACGGAGUGCUAGCACUCGAAUCAAGUCCUCCCGUUCACAUUCCUCCUGGUACUACUACAUUAAGCUUUAGCAACCCCGUUUACGAGCUCUCAAAUCCAAGUGGGGGUGAAAGCGUACUAGAAACAAAUAUAAACAAUCUGACGUCUACCACAACUAGUGUAACUACCAAUCGCAAUUCGACGAAUCGACCGAUAACAUCCCCAACUUCGGCAACGGCAUCGCAUGAUGUUUCCAAUGUUGCCUUUAAAGUUGAACACGUAAUGACCCCAGAUAUUUGUAGCUCUGGUAGAUUUGGCAGCUUCCGCAGUGGCGUCGAAUCGCGAUGGAAGGUUGCUCAUGCCAUCUAUCCUUAUAUGGCCUGCAUAGCUUUGGCGUACUGUGUAACACUUUCUUUGUAUCCUGGAAUAGAAUCGGAAAUUAUAUCCUGUAAUCUCGGCACGUGGAUGCCAGUGCUUCUAAUGUUUACCUUCAACACAUCCGAUGUAGCGGGAAAGCUGCUGGCAGCAGUUCCGUACACUUGGUCUCGAAGACAGUUGAUCCUAAUGUCCGGUCUACGGGCUCUACUCGUACCUCUUAUACUGCUUUGCUGUUCUCCGCGUGAUCAGCCGGUAAUUGCUGGUGAAGCAUCGGCGUUUGUAUUUACUGCCGCUCUCGGCAUUUCGAACGGACUAGCGGGCAGUCUACCUAUGAUGCUUGCACCGGACAAGGUAUCAGCAACACUGAAAGAGGUCACCGGUAAUAUGAUGACGCUUUCCUAUAAUAUAGGGCUAACUGCAGGAUCUUUAGUUGGAUACGUUUUCGAGGCAAUGUUGGGACCACAGCUGCCGAACCCCUGUCCACAAUAUCCAUUUGUUCCUCCGAGAGCCAAUGAACCUAUUUUCAAUAACUUGAGCAUCACCACUAGUACCAGUACUACGACGAUGGCAACGGCACUUCUAACAACCUUAACCUCUACUAUCCUUCAGUCUAGCACAUCAAGUGUUUCCCCAGAAAUCACCAGCAGCAUAUCAUUACCAGCGACCUCAACGCUAUCGCAAUCAACAACAGUAUUAAGCUCGACGCCAACUACCGGUGAUGUUGAUGUUACUACUAACUCGCUAGACAGCAGCAACUUAGUGACGUUUGCGGCCACUUUUGUAUACAAUGCAACUCAUUCGAUACUGGAAGCUACCACCGAACGCUAAUCAACCUUUAUGUAAUGUAGCGAGACUUCAAAGCAUAAAAACACUAUUUUCACAAGAUCAUUUAUCAACCAGAACUGACAAAAGACGAAAUUGUAUGAGCUUGGGUCAAUUUCAUUGAUAUUAUUUACUUAUGUUUGUUAAUAAUCAUCAAAUAGUGUGGUGGUUACAACCCUCGCAAAGCAGUUUUCUUAGCGAAUUCUAAAGAUACUAAAUACCACAUUGAAACGAUACGUUUUUCUUUUUGUAUCAUAAUUCUUCUGAUCAGAACUGAUGUGUGAGUGAGAGAGAACAUGGUGGGACAAUUAGAAUAAAUGUUGAAUAAUUAUUGAAAUACAUAGAUCAUCUAUAAUGUACUGGAGCGACAGAAUAUGCAUUCUAGCUAGAUCUUGCAAAUAAUGAUACCAAAGCAUAUUCAAACAACAGCAAAUGAAGAGGAGCUUCAAAGUGGAAAAUAAUUAAACGAUUAAUAAAGAUAUUAUAUUUUAAUCUACUUUA